AGAUGACCUGAUGCGGCGCUCUGAUUCUGUCUCAAGAGCACAUUGUUUCUUCAGCGCCGAAGAUGCAGGGCUUCUCUACAUUGCAUGUCCUUCUCGCGUGGCCAGCAAACACGUCGAUUGCCAAUCUUCUCAAGAUGCCGCGCGCCCCGACCGCGAGCAGGCCCGCUCCCAUGUGCGGGUGUAAUGAGGUUCCUUGUCUCGUGGCCAGAGUCCGUCUGAUGGCCCCUCUCCGCUCGUCUACACUGCGCCACGUCAGCUGCAGCCCACUUUUGCCUCUCUCCUUCUUGGCCAGCCUAUCUCAUCUACACAGAGCCUCAGCGCUGUACAGCCCGCUUAUCUCCUCUGGGCUCAAUCGGCGUUAGGGUAUUACGUGAAAUUGGCCCCUCCACCAACCAGUGUUGACCAAUCUGAUUAGAAAUCGGGCCACCAAAAAUGGCGCCUCGCCCUGCACCCUCCUCGUCGACGCCUGCACACGGCCACGACUACACGCCCCUGCGUGUUCUCAAUCGGACAGAAGAAGGCAGUGGUCGAAGAACGUCCAGCGGCGAGGACGACGACGACGACAACGAAGAAGGAGAAAAUAAGGACGAGGAACGACGCGCUGGCAGUGACGGCGGCACUACGAUGCAACGUGCCGCGUCCGAGGACGAAGAACCGCUUUUGGAAGGCCAACCCGUGACUCGUCCCACAAGAGAGGAGAGAGUUGUGCAGCGCUCGCCCUGGCUCGACGCGGCUGACGGUACUGAAUCGCGAAGCGGGGCCGACACGUUGAUCAUGGGCAACAUGCGAGGCUACAGCGCCUGGGGUGUGCAGAUGUUUGCCCUGGCUUUUAUGGCCCUCAUCUGGCCCAUGGUCUUGCAGCGCAUGCCGUGGCACAAGCUCCCGCUGUUCGGAUACCACCCCUUGGCUCAAUCCUUGAGCCUGAUCCUCCUGGCCCAGGGCCUGCUUGUGCUGCAGCCCACGACGCCGCAGACGCCCAAGCGCAAGGGCCAGGCCCUGAUCUGGCACCAGCUCUUCUUCCUCAUCUCCUUUCUGCCCCUCGUCACCGCGGGCGCCUGGAUCAUGUGGCACCUGCACUCGAAGCCGCGCGCAAAGCACUUUAUCUCGUGGCACGGCACCCUGGGCGCAGUCGCCGUCGUCUGGGCCUGGAUGCAGGCAGCCGUCGGUGCCGCCAGCGUGUGGUUCAAAGGAAGAGCACUGGGCGGCGAAGCUCGGGCAAAGAGCAUGUGGAAGUGGCAUCGCCUCUCGGGAUACAUGCUCCUCAGCCUCUUUGUCCUCAUUCACAUCCUCGCCGUCACCGAGACAGAAUGGGUACGAGGCUCUGUGCCGCUCUUCCACCGCGCAGCCGCUGUCCUCGCCGUCAUCGGAUUCGCAGCCGUCAUAGCGACUCGAGUCCAGACGUCAAAGAUGCCUCAGCUGAUCCGUCGAGGUUGA